AUGAAAUCCACCUGUGCUGCCGCCUCUUGGUACACCCUAGUCACUCAUUUCUUCCUCUCUCUCUCUCUCUCUCUUGAACUCGAACUAGAAUUCUGUGCAAACUCAAUUGGCUUCAGGACCGUCUGCGCAUCACCGGUCGACUUUGAGGCUUGUCAACCCGGCCGGCUCUGGACCAACGAAGAGCCCACCAGUGACAAUUUAACCCCUCGAGGGGCUACAAACUGGUCUACUCAGGAUAGACUGAGAGUUGCGACCACAGCACCAACUGGUUUCGUCUCUCCGAAUUCAUUUUUCUCUCUUUCUUAUCCCCUCUUCUCUUUGGCCAAACUUCUUACUUCUCGUGCACACUCGUACUUUUUGCUUCUCUUCCAUACUUUCUUACGACUGGAACUAUCUGUACUAAAAUUGCUUUCUCAUCAGAUGGCAGGUUCCAGUUCGUACAGAGCCGCAAGUAAUUUCCUCUUUCCGCUAGACCUCCAUUCAUUAAUGUGA